AUGCUCGUAAAUGUAACAUAUUCCAUUCUAUGUCUUUGCUCAUUACUUCAGUUAUCAUCCUGUGUUGCAUCCGCUAGACAAGCAAUAUGUUCAAAUAUACAGAAUAUAACUGUAAAUAUCGUCUUAAAUGGGCUCAUACAUCAGAAAAAAGUAUCCAAAGAUAGAUGCAAAUUGAUAUCAUCAAUCGAUACCGUAAUUGAUCAGUCAUCUAUUCGCUACAAUAAGAUACGAGAUCUUCCAAACCACUGGUCCAUCUAUCUGAAUGGAGAAGUGGUACCUUCUGAGGGAUGUGUUGGUAACAAUGCCGAGCAACUGAAGAUUUCCAACGGAGACUAUAUCUAUGUAUUCUUAAACGAAAAGGGUCUUACUGAUCCACAUUAUAUUGGAGAAUACAUGAAAUUUGUCUCCAAAGAAUUCUCUGAGGUUCUAAACUUGAAUAGAAACAAACCAAGUCAUGGAAGAAAGAGAUCAGGAAAGGGCAAAAUGUCUGAAGAUACAUCAAACAUACUCAAACUAUUACUCAAUCAGGACUAUAUAAAUCGUGUUAUAAAGGAGGUCUCCAGUGGUAACGGAAAAGAUGUUUUACUGGGACUCAUUGCAAAGUUUAUUGGAGCAUCUGCUCAAGCAAAACCAACAAAGGGGGAACCUGACAAACAUGAGCCAGAAAAUAAUAAACAGGAUCCACUCAUGGGCUUACUGACACUGUUUACACAACCAUUAUUGGAAGGAUUUAUGGGUGCAUCUAAAAAGAAUACAGAACUAUAA